AAUGCCUGCUUUAAUUCCAGCUCCAGACACCCAUUGGAGCAGCCAGUGACUUCCUCCUCCCGCAGACGGAGGCUCCCGAUUCUUCUGUGCGGGCAGAACUUUUUGUUACUUCUACCCCUGGGUUUACGUUGCGUUCUCCCGCUGCUGCAGCGUGCGGCUGUAUCUACCCCUGUUAGUGGGAGCUGGGGUAGUGGGUAGGGGGGGAGGUGUGCAGGGGGAGGUGUCCUGCUUGGAAGAUGAGAGCUGCUGGGGAAAGGCUUCUCCUUGGCCGCUGCACCGGUCCCCUCUGAUCGCCCAGCUGCCUCCUCCAUGGGCAGUUCGCUGGAUCUUUAGGAGAAGUGAAUCAUCUGAUCUGCGCCGCAAUCCAGGAUCCGGGAGGAGCUGCCACCAGGUUUCUUGCUGCAGGGGAUCUGAGUGAUGGUAGAUGGUAUUAUGUUUCUUCCUGUGCUCAUUAUGGUGGCCUUUUCAUCUCCCAGCAUGGAAGACGACGACCUGAAGGUCAAUGCCGGGAGAUAUAAAUGCGUGUGUGAGGGCAUGUCGUGUGGCAGCGGGGAUCACUGUUACGGGCAGCAGUGUUUCUCUUCGCUCAGUAUAAAUGACGGCGUCAAGGUUUACCAAAAAGGAUGCUUCCGAGUUUACGAACAAGGCAAAAUGACGUGCAAAACCCCUCCGUCUCCGGACCAGGCUGUGGAGUGCUGCCAGGGGGACCUGUGCAACCUCAACAUCACCGCGUACUUACCAAGAAGGCCGCUACAAGAAGAAGCCUUGAACUAUAACGUGCAAACGCUGGUUAUCUUUGUGGUGGCUCCUCUGAUCGUGCUCAUAGUCUUUAGUGUGGUGGCCGUGCUUGUCUGCCGAAAAAUUCAGCAGCGCCACAUGGAACGGCUAAGUAUGCGAGACGCGGAAUACGGCACAAUAGACGGACUCAUUGCCUCCAAUGUGGGCGACAGCACCCUUGCCGAUUUGUUGGACCAUACGUGCACAUCUGGAAGCGGUUCAGGGCUUCCAUUCCUUGUGCAGAGGACAGUAGCGCGUCAAAUUACCCUGGCAGAGUGUGUUGGAAAAGGGCGCUACGGUGAAGUGUGGCGCGGCCUCUGGCAGGGGGAAAGUGUUGCGGUGAAGAUCUUCUCAUCCCGUGACGAAAAAUCCUGGUUCCGAGAGACCGAGCUUUAUAACACUGUGCUGCUGCGGCACGAAAAUAUUCUCGGUUUUAUUGGCUCCGAUAUGACUUCCAGAAACUCCAGCACCCAGCUGUGGCUGAUCACUCACUACCACGAGAUGGGGUCCCUCUACGACUACCUGCAGGUCACCACGCUGGACACAGUCAGCUGUCUGCGCAUCGUCUUGUCCAUAGCCAGCGGCCUGGCACAUUUGCACGUGGAAAUAUUUGGUACUCAAGGAAAACCUGCCAUUUCUCACCGAGAUCUGAAAAGCAAGAACAUCCUCGUCAAAAAGAACGGACAGUGUUGCAUUGCAGAUUUAGGUCUUGCUGUUAUACAUUCGCUUUCGACAAAUCAGCUGGACGUCGGGAACAAUCCUCGCGUAGGAACCAAACGCUACAUGGCUCCCGAAGUUCUAGAUGAGACGAUACAAGUGGACUGUUUUGACUCUUACAAGAGAGUUGAUAUUUAUGCUUUUGGUCUUGUCCUUUGGGAGGUGGCCAGGCGUAUGGUUAGCAAUGGAAUUGUUGAGGACUACAAACCUCCAUUUUAUGAUGUUGUACCCAAUGACCCAAGCUUUGAAGAUAUGAAGAAAGUUGUCUGCGUGGAUCAACAGAGGCCAAACAUUCCGAACAGAUGGUUUUCAGACCCAACCUUAACGUCCCUCGCAAAAUUAAUGAAGGAAUGCUGGUAUCAAAACCCUUCUGCAAGACUCACAGCCUUACGCAUCAAAAAGACUUUAACCAAAAUUGACAAUUCUUUAGAUAAACUGAAAUCGGACUGUUAAUGAUUUUAUCGACACUGCCAUGGUAUCUGUGCAUCGUUUGUACAAAAGAUUUUUUUUUAAAAAAAAUCACCAAAAAAUAUAUACAAGUGCUUGCCUGCCGAGGUGUAGACUUUUUAUUGCAAAUGGUUUCUUUUAGGGGGGGGAAAAAAAACCUUUUUAAAUACUUUAACCCGCCUGUUUGAAGACAAUCUUGCUAUGGAAUGUUGGCCAAUGAAAGUACCGGUCUUUUGAUCAGACCUGCUUCCAAAUAGAACGUCGGGAUACUUGCAAAGAUUUGCAUCUGAAGGAGAUAUUUCAGGACAGAUCUGGGCAUUAAAAGAUGGAGGAACAAUAAACAUUCUCAUUGUAAUCCUUGCUACCCCUAAGGAAAAAUUAAAAAAACAAACAAACAAAAAAAAAAAAACAUGGACCCGGUGGAUUUUAUCAGCAAUAUUGUGUGUGCUUCUCCGUUCUAUUGCACUAAAAGUCCUUUGCAUUCCUUACUUGCACUGUUACUGUCCAUUUUAAUGACAGAUGCCAAAUAUAUGGUUGGCCGUGUAUGAGUUUUUAUUUUUUAUUUUUAUUUCACCGAUUGUCUAUACGUGGAGUGGACAAAAAAAAAAAAACAAAUAACAAAAGCGAGCGCCUGAAAUAACGGCGUCAGCUGCAUUAUACAGGAGUUCCGAUGUUUACAAUAAUGCAGAAUGCUAGAAAUUUUCAUGUAUAUACAAAACCUUAAAAUUAUUUAUUAGUGCACUUAAAGGUUUUUAAUGUAAACUGAAUGGUGCGAAACGCAACAGCUAUUUUUUUUGAUUGUUUUUUUUGUUUUGUUUAUUUUACAUGACUAACCUUUUGUAUUGCAUAUGAAACUGAUUAUUCUUUGUGUCCGAUCACAACCCGAUGUUACUUUCCCCCUCUUCGUACUGAGAAGUGUGCGCUGUCUUUUAUCAGUCUCGGUUAAAAACACUACGCGUCAUUAUGCUGUCACUUAAUCACUUUUGCAGCUAGUAUUUUACUGACAUAGGAAUUAACAUGUAAGGGUGUCUGUAGACUUUUAGGAACUGGAUAUUCUAUGGGGAGGGAGAUGCAUUUCUUUUAAGCUAUAUAAUAUGUGCAUUGUAAACUCUGCCAGAAAAUAACUAUUUUGUUUUAAUCGACCUUUUGUAUUUAGUAGUUAUUUGUAUAAAUUAAAUAGAAUGUUUUGAAGUC